AUGUGCCCCGGCUACGCCAAACAUACUCACACGCCAGAUCAGCAUCUAUCCGAGGAAGCCGAAGGUCUACGACGGCGACAGUCAACAGCGGCUCAAGCAGCCAUCUCUCACAGGGCCCCAGAUCUUCAUUAUAGACAGCUCCAUCAAUCGACCCCGGAGCUUUCUCUCACUGAUCUUGUCGAGAAUGACUUGCCCGCCACGGAUGGCGAAGCAAAUGUUCUUCUCCAGGGCUUAGAGGCAGAACAGAGUGUGGAAACUGCAUGGAACAGCAUCGCAGAUUUUGGGAUGGCCGCAUCCCCCGCCGCAACCUACAGCAACUCCGUCAUCCACUACAGCUCUGGGUUCUCCGCCUCAUCAGAACUGUCGUCUGUACCAAGGCUGGUACGGCAAGCCGACAUUUGGGGCCCAUCUCUCGCAGGCACCAUCUCAAAGGCCUCCUGGCCAUCAUCCACAGACAUGGCACAGACAGAGCCAGAAGUGCGAAUCAAUCAGGGAGCGAGGGUACCAACCAAGAUCAUGAACGAUUAUAGCUCCAUGCUGGUGGAAUUCUACUUCAAGGAGGUAGCGGCCCUUUUCUCGUGCUAUGACAGUCAGCUGAACCCAUUUCGUUCGACGGUUUCGAAGCUUUGGAAGUCAUCUACAUCCGUCUUCUAUGUGGUUCAAAGCAUGGCGGCUGCCUGUCUCACGGACGUCUUUCCGAACCUACAUGCAGUCGGUGCGCAAAUGCGUGACAAGGCAGCCGCCUGUAUCGAAGCCGACAUACGUGAGUCAAAGGUCGACGCUGGCUCCUUGCUGACUCUGAUCAUGCUCGGCCUGUCAGCCAGUUGGCAUCGAGCCAACGACCUUGGGCAGAAGGAAUUCGAAUAUGCACGCACCAUUAUGCAGGCCAUACAAAUGGGCGAAAUCCCUUCUGUUCUCGAGAACAACAAUACGCGGAACUUGCAAUUCUUUCAGGAGGCGAUGAUAUAUUGGGAAAUGCUUUUGUCCUAUGUCAGCGAUAUCACCAUGCCAUUGCCGCCGUCGCAGUACCAGGGACCAGCCCUUCCCGACACAGUCAAACCCAGCCAGGCGUUGGAGCCAAGUUUUCCCCAUCCAUGGACCGGCGUUGCCAGAGAGGCGCAGGCGAUGGUGUUUGAGGUGGGACGUCUUGUCCGACAAGAACGUCACCGCAUCAGAAACCGGCCGUUUUUCACCUCCUUGUCAGACAUCGAUACCAGUCGCAAAGCCCUCGAUACCGCGGCAGCACUGGCAUGCAGAUUGCGAAAUCUCAAGUUUCCGGCAGAGGAAGCAGUCGUCUCUCCGGGUGACGCUCAAACACCCGUGACGCACCUGCUUACCAUUGCUGAGGUCUAUCGCCUCACAGGUCUCCUGCAGCUAUAUCGCGUGUUUCCGGAUCUUCUUGCGACCCAGGAAGAAGACGACGAGGAACAGUCAGACCCUCACUCUGCCUGGAAGAUCUCUGAAGAAAGCAUUUACAGCAGACUCACGGAGCUCGCCCUUGAGAUUGUAGACUUGCUACGAACGAUACCGACAGAGUCACGCACGCGGUGCGUCCAACCAUUCUUGCUGGUUGCCUCGGCUAGUGAGCUGCGGACGUCCCCUUCUUUUGAAUAUCCUGGUGGUUCAGGCGUGGCUGGCUGCGAUUCCAACGAGCUCUCCUGCCCGGUGAGCACUAGUAUCCAGGUGCUCGAAGCGAGAAAGUUUGUUAUCGGCCGCCUGUCCACUUUCGAGCAUGUGCUCCCAGCAAAACCAAUCCGGCAAAUGGUGGAGAUUGUCAAGCACACCUGGGACCAGUUGGACAUGGGUCUGGCCAAUGUGUACUGGAUGGACGUCAUGAUCGAGAAGGGUUGGGAGACGACGAUGGGGUAG